AUGAAAGAUUUUGCAAAGAAAUUAGAUGACGUUGCAAAUAUUGUUGAACCUAUAGCUAGCACAACGGGAAAAUUCACUGCGGCAAUCGGAGAAGCAGCUAUAGCAACAGUCCCAUUCGCAAAAUUUGUUCCUUUAAUUUCCGAAAUUGGAAAUGUGCUUAACGAAAUCGUUGAAAUCGUACAAGCUGCCGAGCACAAUAAACGAACUUGCAAAGCAUUAUUACAACGAGUUCGCGCGGCAGGAUUGGCUGUAUUUGAUCUUAAAAUUCGAAGAGAUGAGAAUAAAGAAUUCUUCGUAAAUAGGAACUAUUUGUAUUUACAAAAUUUGGUUAACGUUAUAGUAAAUAUUGAAAAAUUCGUAAAAGAAAUUUCUCAAAUGAAUACUUUGAUGAAAUAUCUCAAGGCAAAAAGUGUUGAGAAAACUUUUAGUGAAUUAUGUAGAGAAUUUGAUAGUUGGAUAAAUUUAUUGAGUUUUACCAUAUUGAUUAAAGAAAAAAUUCGCGUUGAGGACGAAGCUCAACAAUUAAAAUCUGACCAAGAAGAUUUAUAUAAAUAUCUGACCGAAAUGGGAGUUAACGUCAAAGAAAUUGGAACUGAUGUCAAAGAAUUUAAAGGAGAGUUUUCUUCAAUGGUUUUAAAAAUUAAUACAAUGAAUAAUAAGAUGGAAAAAAUCCUGGACGAACAAAAUAAAAGUGCAGUACGAAAUGAAACCAAUGUUGAAUAUUAUCAAAAUAAAAUUGAUAAAAUUUUCACGGAAAGUAAUAAAUUAGAUUUCACAGAUUAUAAAGAAACCAAUGAACAGCGUAAUGAUGGUCCUGUUAAUCAAGAUCCAGAAUUUAGGCCAAAAAUUACAGAUAUGUUCAAAGAACUUCGAAACAUUCUCAAAGAAUUCAUCAAAGCUUCACCAUCCCCUAUAAAUUCACAAAAGCAAAUUUACGUGCCACCGAAACUAAAAAAACCGCCAAUUCCAACCCCGCAACGACAAUUCAGUAUGGACCAAGAUGAAUUUGUCAUUAAAUAUGAAGAUUUACCAGAUUCCGAGUCAUUCAAUUACAUGACACUUGCUGAAGCAGAAUUGCAGCAUCGAUUGGACAAAGAAAAGGUUAUUGCGGAAUUAUUUAAAGAAGUUGCUGAUGAUGAAGCAAAUGAAUUUCCUGAGGCGAAAUUAAGAUAUGGGGAUUGCUUACAUAAUGGUAAAGGAGUUAACCAGAAUUUGGAGGAAGCCCUCAAAUAUUUUGAGAAAGCGGCCGAAAAUGGCCUUAAGUGGCAAUGUUGUGGUGGAGCUAAGAGAGAUGAACAAAAGGCUAUAUAUUAUAUGAAAUUAGCUGCGUAUAAUGAAUAUAUUCCCGCAAUCAAGUUUUGUAAAGAACAUCAUAUCGAUAUUGAAUGA